ACAAUGGGUGGCACUAAUGCGCCUAUGAGCUGGCUUCUCACACGCCAUUAUGAAUGAAGAAGAAGAAGAAGGGCGCUGGGAGUAGUAGAAGAAGAGUACCUGACGUUUGUCUUUAAUCUAACCAGUUGACAAGUUAUGAGAUUCUGAUUGAUGGGAUAGCUAGUUCCGACUCUCAGACUCGUAUAUGAGGGAUGGAUGAGUGGAUGGAUCAGUCUUCAGAGACGGUGCAUGAUGACGGUGGUCAUGAUGGCGUGUGUGUCACCUCCUGGAUUUCGGUGUGUCCCAGAGGCCUUUGGAAAGUCCAGCUAAAGCGAACAGGAGAGGGGAUUCAACAGACUCCAGUUAAUUCUGGAGAUGAUGCGUCGUGCCCGUCCAGUUACUGGCCAAGGUUGGGUUCACUGUGUCGAGUUCGAGUGCGGCUCAAAGCUGAAAGGGUUGAAGAAGAGAGUUCAGUCUGUGAAAAGGGAAAUGAGAAGGUGUCCGACACUGAGGCGACAGAAGAGGUGGCCUCAGCCUUCCCGAGGUGUCAGGACUCUGUGCUGCAGGUCCCACUGGGUGACUGGACGACACUGAGGCUUGGGGAGGGUCAGUGUGAUAUCACAGAAACGUGCAUGGAGAGGAUGAAAGCAGGAGAGAAAUGUGAGAUUCUGAUUUCUCCAGUGGAAAAUGGACCAGAUGUUCCCCAUCCAGCUGAGGAAAACCUGCCUUUGUGUGUCACGGUUGAACUGAAAACUUUUACGCCAGGCAAGGAAUCCUGGGAGAUGGCUCCUGGUGAAAAGUGGGAGUGGGUGAAGUCACACAAAGAGAGGGGUGGAGUGAGAUUUAGGAGUGGAGACGUGUGGGGUGCAGCUGACAGCUAUAGUCGAGCCCUCAGACUUCUCAUCACUCUCUACGGCCACGUCAGAGAGGUGAAGACAAAAGGACAAGAGCGGGAAACGGAGGAGCAGAGAGACACUAACACUGGUGAUAAAACACAGUGCCUUCCUUCAGCUGAUGAAUUCCAAAUAACCAAAGCGGAGCUCCACUCAAACCUGUCCCUGUGCCAGCUCAAACUGAAUCAGCCAGAGCAGGCUAAGGCCAGUGCAGCUAAAGCUACUCAGCUGGAACCCAGUGGGGCUAAAGCCUGGUACCGACUGGGCCAAGCCUGCCAGAUGGUGAAUGAACUGGAGGAGGCCAGGCAAGCAUUUAGGAAACUUCUGGAGUUACAGCCAGACUCGCCUGCUGCUUUGAAGGCUCUUAAAAACAUAGCAAGUAAAGAGAAAGAGACGAACGCACAGUUGGGACUCAAACUCAGCAAAAUGUUCAGCUGAAUAUUCAUUAUUAUCAAAUUAAUAUCAGUUAUUGUUGUUGUCGUUUUGAGAAUGCAUGUUUUUCUCCCAUCUCUAUGCUGCAUUCCUGAAUGUAAUUUAUAAAUAAAACCCACAUGUCAAAAA